AAAACAAAAAAAAAAAAACAAAAAAAAAAAACAAAAAACAAAAAAAAAAUAAAAAUAAAAAGGAGGCCGGCUCCAAAACUUUCUACUCCUCUUUCCAAAGCCAGCGAGCCCAGCUACAAAUCCGGGCCCAGCUCUCAAAGCCCAUCGUUACUCGGCUCCAAGACACCCAUCACUCAAAUCAACCUCCUCUCCUUCCCUAAACCAAAAAUCACAGAGUCCCUCUCAGAUCUCCAGAUCCAAUCCUUCGCCGACAUUCGAAUUCCCAACAACAACCACCAUCAAUGACCUGCCGGAGCCCAUACUCUCUUCGCAGUCACCUAUCACCCUCCCCUGCCCAUCGCCGACGCAGCCGCCUCGCACAGUCCUCGCUGCAGCCUGCUCACCAGACCCAGAAGCUAUCCGUCCCCGCCGCCUUUCCCAAAGAGAAGUCCGAGUGGGUCAUGUCCGGGUCUCCCCAGUCGACUCUGAGCGGAAUCAGGAGCUGGUCCAGCAACGGAAGCCAUGUCCUCCUCUCUCUCCCCUCUCGCUUCUCUCUCUCCCAGCACAGAGAAGAGAACACAACAAAACAAAAAAGAAUCAAGCCAAACCAGCUUUUUCCCAUCUCAGAAUUAAACCACCGAAUUUAGGACCAACCCAGUGAGAAUUGAGUCAAACGGGGAGGACCCAAGUCAGCAGAAAUGGCGUUAGGCGGUCAAUCGUCGGGCACCAGCAAUAUCAAAGCUCACCACAACACGGAGUCGAUGACGAUCCAGAACCCGACCCAGACCUGCCACCUUGACCUCUCCGCUGAGCUCUUCGGCGGCGUCAGCCAAGCAUGCGGCCGAAACCUCGACCGGAGCCGAUGCUGCCCCGUUCUAGCCGCCUGGCUCUUCGCCGCCCACGCCAGAUCAGCCCUUGAGCUCCCCUCCUCGGCUCCGGAUCCGUCGGCGGUGCCCGACCAACCGAUGAUGCCGGACGACUCGCAGAAGUGCGUCAACUCGCUGCAGUCUUCGCUCGUCAGCCGGAACAUCCGGAUUCCUCAACCCAACGCCAGCUGCGACGCCGUUCUGUGCUUCUGCGGAAUCCGGCUCCACCAGAUCGGAUCGCUCAGCUGCCCCGCCUUCCCAACCCGGAACCGGCACCAUCCCAGCCAAUUUCUCAACCUUGAACAUCUCCCUGCGCAGCAGUGGGUCAAGUCUCUCCGCUUCGCCUUCCAAGUCCGCCCCUCACUCCUUUCACGGCGCCUUGGCUCUCGCCCACCACCCUCACUACGACGAGAGUUUUGCCCAUUCGGGUCUGAUGGGGUUUCACCAGUCACCAUCUCCACCACCAGUCACCAUCUCCACGCCAGAAAAGCUGCAAACCCAGCUCCAGCAACUGGACUUGCCGCAGAUUGCUGUGAUUCACCAACCUUCUCCGCAGCUCCCCUGCAAGACCUCUUCGUCCCGUCGUCGGCGUCUGUUGCUGUUGUAUAGACUGGGAGAAUCGAAUGAGGUGCGUCUACAACUGCGGAUCCAGGGAGCUCUCUGUCCAUGCUCGUCUUCUUCAUCUCCACCAAUGGAGACAUUUGCAGCACUACAAAAAAAAAAAAAAAAAAAAAACACAACGGAGAUCUCACCAAAACGCAGCGACAAAUCCACCAAGCCCCGAACCGUCUCCGUCUUCUUCCUCUCCAUCCAUGCAGUUCCUCGCCUGCAAGGACCUCGAGCUCGUCAUUCUGGCCACCUUGAUCAAAAUCAACGAAGAGCUUCAUUGACCGCUGUCAAACGACUAGCCGGUCUUCAAACUCGACGCUUUGCACUACUUCAAGCUCUGGUCUGCACCUCCGCCAUGGCUGCUGCCUUUGAAUGUGAUCAACAAAAUCAAAGUUUGUCAACUCACACCCAAAGAUCUCGUCCGUCUGCUUGCCUCUGCUGCUGCCUUUGAAUGUGAUCAACAAAAUCAAU